UAUAAUAAGAACAAAUGUUACGAAAUUCCAAACCACAAUCUUACUUUGUUACUGUUUAGUUCUAAUACAAGUUUAUUUAGGAUUUUUGGCUAAAAUUCUUGUUCAACUUUAAUUGGACCACAAACAUGAUUUCCUUGGGAAGGUCGUAUUUAUUAAGAUCUGCGAGAAACACUUGGCUAUCAUGUAAUCCCAUGUACAUUAUGAGCCUUCAGGCAUCUUCCAAAGCAGAAUCUUUCCUCAGCGGCACUAAUGCCAAUUUUCUUGAAGCCCAAUACUUGGACUGGGCGAAGGCUAAAGGAGCCAUUGAUAACUCCUGGGACAAUUUUUACGAUAGCCUCAACGGGCCAGCACUGAAAAUAGAAGAGUUCGAAGAUGAAUUCAGUCCGAAGACUGUCAAACCACGCCAAAAAGAGAAAAAGGGUGAAGCCUCGAAAGAAAUCAUAACUCUUCACCUAGCAGUACAGAAUCUUAUUAGAAGUUACCAGGCGCGAGGUCACCUGCUUGCUAAAACCGAUCCCCUGGGAUUGGCCCUGGCGGCAAGGUUCAUCAAGAAGCGAACCACGGACGAGACUAAAGGCGUGGAUUGCAGGAUCGUCUCCAGGGAGCUUGGAACUAUAUUGUGCGAAAAGCACAUGGACAUGGUGUUCGAACUUCCUGAUAGAACAUUUAUUGGAGGGAAGGAGAAAUCUUUGACUCUUCGAGAUAUCAUCCACAGACUUGAGACAAGUUACUGUGGUCCAAUCGGGGUGGAGUACAUGCACCUCUAUGAUUUAGACUGCAUCCAGUACAUCCGGGAGCGCAUGGAGAUGCCGGGGGCUUUUGACCGCAGUGUCGAAGAAAAACGGCUCAUUAUGAGGCGUCUCACCAAAGCGGUCUUCCUAGAAAAGUACUUCGCGACCAAGUGGCCAGCGGAGAAGCGUUUUGGGCUCGAGGGUGGCGAGAGCAUGAUUGUGCUCCUGGAGGAGAUCGUGGACUCCGGCACCAAGCUCGGCGUGCAGUCCAUCGUCAUGGCGAUGCAGCAUAGAGGUCGACUAAACAUGCUUGUGAACGUUUGCCGCAAGCAGCUGACGGAUAUCUUCGCACAAUUCAAACCUAUGGAGCCCAAAGAGCCGGGUUCCGGAGACAUCAAGUAUCACUUGGGGACCUACAUCCACCGGUUCAUCAGACGCACCAACAAGUAUAUCAAGGUCUCCAUGAGCGCGAACCCCUCGCAUCUGGAGGUGGUCUCGCCUGUCGUCGUCGGGAAAGCUAAAGCAGAGCAGUUUUGGAAGGGAGACAGCAAUGGUGAUAAGGUGAUGGCAAUAAUAAUGCACGGCGACGCGGCGUUCUCUGGCCAAGGCGUGGUCUUCGAGACGAUGCACCUCAGCAACCUGCCGGAUUUCGACACUCACGGCUCUAUCCACAUCGUAUGCAACAACCAAAUCGGGUACACCACGGACCCUCGUUUCGCGAGAAGCUCGCCAUAUUGCUCAGACGUGGCCAAAUGCGUGGACGCGCCCGUGCUGCACGUGAACGCGGACGACGCGGAGGCGGUGGCGCACGUGGCGCGCAUCGCCAUCGAGUACCGCUGCAAGUUCAAGAAGGACGUCGUGCUCGACCUCGUGUGCUACCGCCGCUUCGGCCACAGCGAGGAGGACGAGCCCAGCUUCACGCAGCCCUUUAUGUACAAGAAGAUCCGCAGCAUGAGCACCGUGGAUAAAAUAUACGCCGAUAAGCUGAAAUCAGAAGGGGUAGUGAAUGACGGUGACAUUAAGCAAUGGGAGAAAGAGUACAUGGACACCUUAAACAAACAUUUUGAACUUGCCAAGAAGGUUACCAAGCUUAGUAUCAUGGACUGGAUCGACACUCCGUGGACUGGCUUCUUCGAGGCCAGGGAUCCCAAAAAGAUCGAGGAUACAGGCAUUAGUGACGCCACCAUAUCAACGAUUUCGGGACAUUUCUGCAAGCCUCCCGAACCAUGGGCAUUUGAAGUGCAUAAAGGUGUCAAUAGGAUCUUGGCUAAUCGAGAAAAAAUGAUUAAGGAAGGUAUUGCUGAUUGGGCAAUGGGUGAGGCGCUGGCAGUGGGCUCCUUACUUCGAGAUAAAAUACACAUUAGGUUUACUGGUGAAGAUGUUGAGCGAGGCACUAUGGCUCACAGGCACCACGUGUAUCAUCACCAAGCUGUGGAUGGUGCAACGUAUCGUGUAAUGGAUCAGCUAUAUCCAGACCAGGCACAUUAUAGUCUUCACAACAGCUCACUUUCAGAAUUUGGAGUACUGGGUUUUGAAGUAGGCUAUUCUUACUCGAGCCCUUACCUUCUGACCAUCUGGGAGGCGCAGUACGGCGACUUUGCAGACACAGCGCAGCCUGUGUUCGACACCUUUAUACAAAACGGGGAGAGCAAGUGGGUGUGUCAGUCUGGCAUUGUAGUGCAACUGCCUCAUGGAAUUGAUGGCGCUGGCCCGGAGCACUCAUCGGGAAGAGUAGAGCGGUACUUGCAGGCAGCUGAUGAUGACGAAGACAUUAUUCCUGACCUUGAUGACAAGGAUAUGGCAUUAAAACAACUCCGCGCCGCCAACUGGAUCGUGGCGAAUGUGACAACGCCGGCAAACUAUUUCCACUUGAUACGGCGGCAGGUGGCGCUGCCGUUCCGCAAGCCGCUCAUCCUCAUGACGCCGAAGGUCGGCCUCAAACAUCCUUACUACAGGUCCAAGUUCGCGGAUUUCAAGCCGGGGACGUCAUUCCAGAGAGCAAUACCAGAAAUGGGACCUGCCUCCCAAAAACCUGAAUGCGUGAAGAAGCUCAUCUUCUGUUCGGGUAAAGUGGCUAUCACGAUAGACGAACUGCGCAAAGAGAAGAAAAUGGAGGACAAGAUCGCUAUGUGCCGCAUUGAACAGCUCUAUCCGUUCCCGUAUGAUGUGGUUCUGCGGGAGUUUUGCAAGUACGAACAGGCUAAGGUGUUCUUUUGCCAGGAGGAGCACAAGAAUCAGGGCCCGUGGGUAUUCUGUCGCUUGAGAUUGGAAAACUUAUUUGGGAAAAAAAUUGGGUGUAUUACUCGACCCUCCAGCCCUGCUUCGGCUACUGGAAUCAAGUGGAUACACGCAAAAGAACUGAAGGAGCUCAAAGAAAAAAUUAUUCAAAUAUAGUUAAUUUAAUAAAAUUAU